UGAUCAGAUUAGAGGUGUCAGUGUUCGUUAAUCUGUGAGGGAGCGACAGGCGGCUACACGCGCUGCUUUCGCCCGUCGUUUCAUUCAGCGGCGGUAGAGGGGAGUGGAGCAGAUUCUAUAUUGACGUCCAUCGGGGAAUUUCCCCUCUUUUUUUUUUUACAAUGGAUUCCUGCGGGGUACGAGCCUGGGUGUUUCUGUUCCUGCUGUGGCAGGACGGUUGUUGGGCAUCGCAGUUUCCGACACAGCUCAUGAUUAAAGAAUGGGUUGAUCAGAUGCAGAAAGAGCUUGUUACCCUGGCAGACACAGCCGCAGCUGGGAAGAGCCUCACUCAGAUUUUUCUGAGUAACCAGCACCUCUACACUGUGGAGCAAAACGAUGCGGAGGAGCUAGUGGCCAGAGCAGCCAGGAACAUAGAGCAGCUGCUACACAAGAGGUCUGCUGCCUUGGAGAAACUGGCCACAGCUGCUGAAGAGUUUCAAAUGAAGCAUCAGUGGAAAGACGAUUUCGAGGAUGAUGAAAUUGCCUACUACAACGCAAAGGACAAUCUGGAUGCAAAUGAGACAGAGGGAAGAAAGAACAGGAUUCGACCAGACUUUCAAGAGGACCCCUCGUUUAAACGUUUGACUGACUACAACCACACGGCUGUCCACAUUCCCACUGACAUCUAUGAUGGCUCCACCAUUGUGCUGAAUGAAUUAACCUGGACAGAGGAACUGAAGGAAGUGUUUAGAAAGAAUAGAGAGGAUGACCCAACCCUACUCUGGCAGGUGUUUGGCAGUGCCACUGGCCUGGCUCGCUAUUAUCCAGCUUCUCCCUGGAUGGACGCUCGUAAGACCCCUAGUAAAAUAGAUCUCUACGAUGUGCGCAGGAGGCCAUGGUACAUUCAAGGAGCCGCCUCACCGAAAGAUAUGCUAAUUCUCGUGGAUGCGAGUGGGAGUGUGUCUGGCUUGACGCUAAAACUGAUCAGGACCUCUGUCAGCGAGAUGCUGGAGACUCUUUCUGACGAUGACUAUGUCAACGUAGUCAGUUUUAACACACUGGUGAAAAACACGGCGUGCUUCGACCGUCUGGUUCAAGCCAACGUGAGGAACAAAAAGCUGCUGAAGGAUGCCGUGCAGAACAUCAGCGCUAAAGGAAUUACAGACUACACAAAGGGCUUUGAGUUUGCUUUUAAGCAGCUCUCUGCGACUAAUGUGAGCAGAGCAAACUGCAACAAGAUUAUCAUGCUGUUCACUGAUGGAGGAGAGGAAAGAGCCCAGGCCAUAUUGGAGAAAUAUAAUGCUGAUAAAAAGGUUAGGAUCUUCACCUUCUCAGUAGGACAACACAACUAUGACAAAGGACCCAUUCAGUGGAUGGCCUGCUCGAACAAAGGUUAUUUCUAUGAGAUUCCAUCCAUCGGAGCCAUCAGAAUAAACACACAGGAAUAUCUAGAUGUCCUGGGAAGACCUAUGGUUCUAGCAGACAAGCAGGCCAAACAAGUCCAGUGGACUAACGUAUACCUUGAUGCUCUGGAGCUUGGUCUCGUCAUCACUGGAACGCUACCUGUCUUCAACAGAACCAAGACCAUAGAUAAAAGAAACGAGGAGCACCAGAAUCAGUUGAUUCUUGGCGUAAUGGCAAUUGACGUGUCUCUUGAUGACAUCAAGAAGCUCACACCACGCUUCACAAUUGGUCCAAAUGGUUACUACUUUGCCAUAGAUCCCAAUGGAUAUGUGCUGCUGCACCCCAAUCUCCAGCCAAAGAAAAGAAUCCGUAACAGGAAGCUCAGACUCAAUAAUAAGUAUGCUGUCACUUUUCAUGAGGAGCCUGUUACUCUGGACUUUCUGGAUGCUGAGUUGGAGAACGACAUCAAAAUAGAGAUCAGGAGGAUGAUGAUUGAUGGUGAAACAGGAGAGCGCACCAUUAACACUCUGGUCAAAACUCAGGAUGAGAGGUAUAUAGAUAGUGGAAUCAGGACCUACACGUGGGCACCAGUCAAUGGAACAGACUACAGCCUGGCUCUUGUGUUGCCUAAAUACAGUGAACACUUCAUUCAAGCUAAACUGGGGGAUGAUAUUAAACAAGCCAUGUGGCAAGAAGCAAUGGAGACCUUGCAGCAGGAGAGAUUUGAAGAAUUUGGUUAUACCUACAUUGCUCCAAGGGAGUACUGCAAAGAGCUGAAGUUGUCACUCAACAACACCCAAUUUCUCCUCGACUUCAACCAGUACAUUGAUAGAAACACUCCAGAUGCAUGUAAUGUGUCCCUUGUGAGUCGACUGAUCCUGGAUGCAGGUUUGACAGCUGAAUUGGUUAAACUUUGGAGCGAGCAGACCGUGGAUGGGAUAGCGGCCAGGUUUGUAGCUACAGAUGGAGGAAUCACAAGAGUCUAUCCAAGAAGUGCUGGGGAAGAGUGGACUGAGAAUCCUGAGACAUAUGAGUCAAGUUUCUACAAGCGGACCCUGGACAAUGAAAUUUAUAUUUUCACAGCUCCAUCUUUCAACGCAGAGAGUGGGGAGUCUGUGUCUGAGUCAGGUAUUCUGGUGAGCAAAGCAGUGGAUCUUGUCAUUAAUGAAGUCACGCUCAAACCAGCAGUGGUGGGAGUGAAACUCAAUGUCUCAUUCUGGAUGAACAGUUUCAUGAAUGCCACACUGAAACUGAAUUGCAAAGAUGAGAUUUGCGGCUGUCUAAGGAAUGACAAGCAUGUGGACUGUGUGAUACUGGAUGAUGGAGGAUUUCUUCUCAUGUCCAACAAGGAUGAGUACAUUACCCUGAUAGGUCAGUUUUUUGGUGAGGUGGAUCCAGUGCUGAUGACCAACCUGGUCAACACCUCCCUGUACUCCUUGAACAAGACUUAUGACUAUCAGUCUGUCUGUGAUCCAGAGAAAGACAGCAAGGCAGCAGCUGGACCCCGCUCCGUCUAUGUGCCUACCAUUGCAGACUUUCUCAGUAUUGGCUGGUGGGCAUCCACUGCUGCCUGGUCAGUACUUCAGCAGCUCUUCUUGGGUCUCAUGUUCCCCAGCCUUCUACAGGCAGAGUCGACAGAUGACGACAUAUCAGAUGCCAUGUUUAAAGAAAGCUGUAUCACAGAGCAGACUCAAUAUUUCUUUGACAACGACGAAAAAUCCUACUCAGGUGUCCUGGAUUGUGGAAACUGUUCCAGGAUGUACCGUGCUGAGAAGCUGCCAAACACCAACCUUGUGUUUUUAAUCACUGAUGCCAAAGCAACAUGUUUGUCAUGUGACCCCAGACCACUGCGACAGGCUGAACAGCCCUCUGAAGGUCCAGAUCCAUGUGACAUGGUUGAUAAAGCCAGAUAUCGCAAAGGGCCGGACGUGUGCUUUGACAACAAUGAAUAUGAUGAACCUUUGUGCCCAGUCAGCAAAGGUUCUGCAAUGAGCCCUACACCUUUACUGUUGUUUCUGGUUCUGGCUUCAGGGAAGACGAUUCUGAUUGUGGAGGAGGGACUUGUCUAAGACCGAGCCUUUGGCCAGUGUUCGGGUUUCAGCUGCUGCUGUUGUGGCUCAGCACAUCUUUGCAACACUCAUGACCCCUACACGCGAUUACAUACACUCAUACACUGAUCAUCGAGUCAUUUCGCUGGAGGCCAGAAGACACUCGAGUUGCACCAUACAGGAUGUAUGCAGAAUAUUUGCAACAAGACAUUUUUAUUUUCUCAAGACCAAUAUCAGCAUUUCCAUUUGCCAAUGCCAAAGGGUGCUCAUUCAUUACCUCCUCAUUAUUUUCCAAGAAGAGAGACACAUUUACUGUGCUCAGCUGCACUCAUUUUCAUGAUAUACUCCUUAAUAUUCUCCUAUGGUGCAAGAGUAAGAGCUAACCAAACCCUUUAAUUCUGCCUCAUUUUCUCUUGUGUGUCUGAUUUAUUUUGAGGAGGUUGAAAGACGUUUUCCCACUAUGCCAACUAAAUCUCAUUCGAAACCUGUAUGUUCACUGACAGCAUUGAUUUGUGUGGUUGUCGGUAUUGUUUGUUGCUUAUUAUAUUCAUUGUGUAUGAAUAAGUAUGCUGUAAGGAUCGUUUAUUUUGGCAACCAGAGCAAGUAUUAAGAGUAUCCCUUUUGAUUUGUUUUUAAAUGUACUUUACCAACCUAUCUACAUUUCAUUUUUGUACUCAAAAUCAGUAAGCAUUUUGUGUCUAGCUAGGUGUUGUAUUGUAGCAGCAUGUGCUCAGUACAGAGCGAAAGACAACACCGACUUUUUGACACCAAAGCUCCACACAGUACCAAUGACCGCAAACCUACUAAAGAGAAUCUGCACAAUAGCUUAAUUCGAGAUAUUCCUCAGAUGUGGGUGUACAUCAGUAAACAAGCUACAUUAUUAGCUAGAUAUUAUAGAUAUUUCACCAAGAGAUAAGUGAGGUCAGGUUGCAUCCAAUGUGAUAAUCUAUUAGGAUAUUGCAAUUUUCAAAUAUAUUUGUACUUCAAGUGACAGCUUUGGUUGUCUUCAGUUUGAUGCAUCAAAUUCCCAGUGCCUAUGUAGUAAAUCAAACUGUCUGGUAUUUGAAUGAAGCAACACAUCAGAUUUGUAUUCUUACCACGUAUGCUUCUAUGCUAACGCUUGCUGCAGUUUAGCAGAGAGGGUAUCCCUUGCAGUAAUUUGUUAUGAAAUAGUCCAAAUCUGCUGCAGUUCUUCUGCUUUUUUGGCUUACAGAUAGGUGAUGGAAACAACCGUUGACUUUGAUGAUGAGAGAGGAAUAUCAUUCCCCUCUUUUGCCAAAACAAAGCUAAGCCAGGCUUGAGCUUGGGUUCCAACACCUCUCUUUAUUAAUCCUGUUUCUGUUUCCUUUCUGGAUCGCCAGACUCAGGAGCCAAGAUGACUUGUGAAUGAGAUCAGCAUAUCAAAAUGACUGUUUCUUUGUUUUCUUGCUGUUCUCUUUAUGCUUGUUUCCUCUUUGUGUUGCUCUAUAAGUGCUGUGAAGCAGACGCUGAAGGCUCAGUGUCGAAAUGCUGCAAUGUCAUGGGAUGAGCUUGUUCUGUGUUUGAACUCUGUCUAUGCCUACGAUCAGCAUCAGGGCAUGCUGGAGAGAACUUUGAGAGCACUCUUUUACCAAUGAUAAUUUUCCAUUGCCUUACUUUGUCUUAGGUUUUAGUAAGUCAUAAAGAUCAUACAUAAGUUCAUCUUUUCCCUGUUUCUUUUUUUUUUUUUUAAGAAUAAAAGUAAUGUUCUCUCCACCUCGCCUUCAUGGUGAUAUACUGGUGUGAUCAGGUUAUGCUGUCUAGCAAAGUUAUGUGUUGACUUGUGUUUUACCCUGAGGGUCCCCUGUCUGUGUGCAGGCAUGUAUGUGUCCCUCCGAUAUCUGAUUGUGCUUUAAUACCGUACAUGAAAUACUCUUUUGUGGAUCUUCACUAGCCUGAAUAAAUUUUGUAUACAUUUGUACACUAAUACUAUUUACUGUAAAAAAGAGAAAAUGGAAGAAAUGAAAAAAAUGUUUAUAAUAUGGUGUUAGUUAUUGUGCAUAUAUAAUAAAUUCACAAAAAACAUUGUAUUAGUAUGA